GUUUACAGGGGCCUAUUUUCUAGCUGAUCUACUAGUAUACUAAUUGUCCAUCAAUAACAAAUUUCAAAUGGAUGCAGCCAGAGGCAAUACGGGUGACCAUUCUGAUAGCAAUCAAAUAAAUGGAACAUUGAGAGUGCAGCCAAAUGACCAGUUGCCUCGGGAUAAUAUAGGCUACUCUCCGUUGUCUUCACCAUCUACAGGGUCAGUCUCUCCAAGCAGGCUUCUACUGGAAAGAGAUGAUGAUCCUAGAUUUAAUUCACCUCAGCAUGGUUUGAUGCCUGUGGCUGAAGCAAGUAAUAAAAAUAAUAGCUUAAUGAAGCAAGUUCUACCUUCAGUUCUCAAAUUUCAUAUUUAAUAAUUGCUCAAUAUUUCUGGAGUCGUCUGUAUUUAUAUAUGAUCUGGCUAUUAAGAUUCAGGAACAUGAAGAAGAGAUCAUCCUAUUAAGGAAACACCUGGCAGAUUAUUCUGUAAGGAAGCACAAAUACCCAAUGAAAAAGAUCUCUUGGAAAAACGCAUUGCAUAUAUGCGUCUGGCCUUUGAUCAACAGCAAAAGGACCUUGUAGAUGCUGCAUCAAAAGCUUUGUCAUAUCGACAAGACAUUAUUGAAGAAAAUAUACGUCUUACAUAUGCAUUGCAGGAUGCAUAAUAAGAAAGAUCAACAUUUGUUUCGUCUUUGCUUCCACUUCUGGAAGAAUACUCUCUGCAGCCACCUGUUCCUGAUGCACAAUCCAUUGUUAGCAACGUCAAGUUUGGAGGUGUUAUUUGGUGGACACAAUCAACAAGCAUUCUUCGAUAUUAAAGUACCUCAAUAUUGCAAUUUAAAAUACAGGCACGAACAUUCUGUUUGGUGUGGUGCACAUGAACUUGGGAUUAUAUUAAGUUAUUUCAAUGUUCAUUUCUUUGUCAGCUCACUGGAUAUAAGUUUCGCGGAUGCUCUUUCCAAAGUAGAAAUAGUAAAGAAGGAUGUGGUGACAGUAAAGAACUAUUUUAAAUUUUUUAAAAAUAUAUUGAAUUACUGACGGUUUUGAAAAACCCCUGGUAAUUAUCGGUGGUUUUGAAAAACCCGGAUAAUUAUCGGCGGUUUUGAAAAACCCCGGGUAAUUACCGGCGGUUUUGGGACCCCGGGUAAAAAAUCGCUGGUAAUUAUUACCGACGCUGUUUUUUUUGGUGGUGCAUUUUAACGGUCGUACGUCUGUUUUUCAGUUGGUAUAUUUUAAUAAUGUGUACCAGAUUAUAGUAGACAAAA